AUGGAAGUAGCUCCUUUGGCCUUGGCCCACACCCAUGCGCGAAAUGCAGUGCUAGAAACUCGCAAGGCUAAUCCAGUAGCUGCCAGCGAGGAGCAUGAUCUAGCUGCUGGUGAGUUUGCAGCAGCUGCACAGAGCAGCUCUGACCAUGAGGUGAGUCUUGAUUGCGUCGAAGAUCUACCCCCGCUCGGCUCUGAGCUAACGCGUCAUACCAAGGCCCUACGGACUCUACGAUUACUCGAGACUCACCACAAGAAACUCGCUGAGAUUCUUCGAUUCCAGCAUGAAAAUCCACCCACCGUCUCUAUAGAAGCAGUAUCUGCGAAUGCCUCCCCUAUAUCAGCGACCCAGCAGACCGCAGCCGAUCUCGGGGGCACAAAAAGCGCAAGCGCGAACCAGGAUGCACAACUACCACCCAGAUUAGUGGGCAACGCUCGUCUGCCAAGUCGAGAUAAAUCCUCUAUUGCUAAUAACUUGGCUUCCGCCCGAGGGAUUCCGUCGCACCCUCGGCGUGGAUCACCAGUGUCGCCAACACUUACAUCGCAACAUGUCGCAGCAAAGAUGACCGAAACACCACCGAGGGCUAAAGCUAGCGAAACAAGGCCACACAACGAACCGACUAAGAAUCGACACAAUCGUAUUUCUGCACCUAGACAACCAUGGUCUCCUCCCACGACCAGUUCGACUGAGGUGACUGCUCAGCAAACUGUACAUCCCAGUGCAACUAAACCCGGAGGAUUGAAAGAUAAGUCUGCAAUCACCGACGAAGCAUUCAACCGCUUUUACUCAGCCUUCGGGGGUCUGGUCUCCAAAGUGUCGGGGCCUUUGGCAUUCGCAGGGAUUCAAAUGGGAUCUGCGGGUCCACCCAGCGCCGAACAAAGCCGCAAGUCCUCAGCCGAGGUGAAGUUGGACCGUGAGCAUGCUGUUCUAGACCGGUCCAUGACUGCCGGUGAGCCUGAUGUGAACAAAAUCUUCUCUCGAGCCGCGUUGCGAUCGAUCCGGGACGGCUCUGGGGCAGGUCCCGGGAACCCAGCAGAGUCCUUCUAUGUAGUCCCAACUACAGGCGGGACUAUGUCCUACGCCGGAAUUCUCACCCGAGCUGAAAAGCAGGCGCGCAGGAAUAGCAUGGAGGAUGGUGAUGACGACUUUGUGGAUGCCCGAGAGACACCCUCAUCUCCUGAAAUGCGGCAUAGUGCCAGUAGUUCGCGCAUAUGGGCGGGACGCCGCGGCGCAGCCGAUAAGCUUACAACUCCGCAGACACAGAAGACAAUGGAAGAAAUGCAGGUGGAGAAUGAGACCCUGAGGAACUUGACUGAUUCGCUCGCGACAAGAUUGCACAUGUGGGAGGUGAGCGCACAAUCCUCGUCGAUGGCGCUGCAGCAAUCAAUCCGAAUGAUGCACCGCCAGAGCGCUGGGACGCCUGAUUAUCUCCAGCCCACAACAGCCACUACUUCACCUGUCGCUACGCUGACUUCGCCGCCAGCUGCGGCUGAUACUGACGCACGGAUCAAAGAACUCGAGGAGCAAGUUCGACGUAGUGAGCAGAAACUUGAAACUGCUUCUCACGAGAACGACAAGCUGAAGAAUGUUCUUGGGCGAUAUCGAGACCGAUGGGAGAAAUUGAAAGAAGGUGCCAAAACUCGGAGAGCGGAGGGUCGCUCUGGUGACAGUCAGAGCAACACCCCUACGAGUGCUACCAAGCCAUCGGAAUUCUCGGCCUCUCCAGACCCCGGUCGAGGCCCCUCUGCUGGUCAAGCAGGGUCUCGUGCAGCAGGUGAUAAUGAAGCAUAG